AUGACGUCUCGGUGGCGCACGCUGCUUUUCUUUCUGCUUUUGAGCCGCACGGAGCUGAUUUUAGCGCAAAUAAAAUACUCCACACCAGAGGAGGUGAAAGUGGGAGCCGUGAUCGGAAACGUUGCCAAGGAUUUAGGUCUGGACGUGAGUACGCUGACGACCAGGCGGUUCCGCAUUGUGUCUGGUGCUGACGGCGCGCUGUUCGAGGUGAACCCGAACAAUGGGGUUCUGUUUGUCCACAGGAGGAUUGACCGCGAACAGCUGUGCGACAGAAACGCUGCGUGUUUGACAGAUCUCAAAAUCGUCGCGGAAGAUCCACUUGAGGUUCAUUACGUCACUGUAGAAAUUAAAGAUGCGAACGACCACGCGCCCAGUUUUGCAGAUAAAGAAAAGGUGGUGGAAAUAGUGGAGCUGACCUCUCCUGGAGCCAGAUUUCAGCUUCCGGGCGCACGCGAUCCAGAUGCUGGAAUCAAUUCUGUGCAGCGCUACAAACUGAGUCAAAAUGAGCAUUUUAAUUUGGAAAUCCGAGACAGAGAUGAGGAUAAAAUCCCUUUUUUAGUGCUGCAGAAGCAGCUGGAUAGAGAGCAGAAAACCCACCACAGCUUGAUGUUAACAGCAAUUGAUGGAGGAGCACCACCUCGGUCAGCCAACCUCAGCAUUACAGUAAGAGUUCUAGAUAUCAACGACAACAGACCCGUUUUUUCCAAAGAGGUUUAUUCUGUCACACUGAGAGAAAAUACACCAAUAAAUACGAUUAUUAUAAAAGUUCAAACAACUGAUCUGGACGAGGGCCCUAAUGGGGAGGUGGAAUAUGCAUUUGGAGGUGAUGUUACUACAGAUGCUUUAAAAUUAUUUAGUAUAGAUAGACUGAAGGGAGACAUUCGAGUUAUUGGUUUAGUUGAUUAUGAGGUUGCUAAUGUUUACAAACUAGACGUCCAAGCUUCUGAUAAAGGCAUACCGCCGAUGACCACUGACUGCAGGGUCAUAAUAAAAAUUGAAGAUGUUAAUGACAAUGAGCCAGAAAUUGAUAUAACAUCGUUAUCCGGUAAGGUUUCAGAGGAUGCAAAACCAGGGACAGUUGUUGCUCUGAUCAGUGUUUCAGACAGAGAUUCUGGUUUAAAUGGUAAAGUCGUAUGUAGCCUAAGUAAAAAUGUUCCGUUUGAAUUGAAACCAUCUUUUAAGGAGAACAUUUAUUCAUUAGUAACAAAAGAAACAUUGGACAGAGAAGCUGUGUCACAUUAUGAUGUUUUAUUAAAAGCUACUGACUGUGGUGAGCCGCCUCUGUCCAAAUUAAAAACUUUAAGCAUUCAGGUGUCAGAUGUAAAUGACAACACACCUGAAUUCUUACAUAGUCCUUUGCAGUUAUAUUUAUUAGAAAACAAUGCUCCUGGUGGGUCCAUAUUUUUUGUGAGCGCGUCUGAUAAAGACUUGAACGAAAAUGCUGUUGUUUCCUACAGUUUACUGAGAGAUGAGGGUGGUCAGAAAGACAUGACUUCAUUUCUGAAUAUAAACAAUGAGAAUGGACAGAUAACUGCGCUGAAAAGUUUUGACUUUGAGAGAAUCAAAACUUUCCAGUUCCAAGUUGUGGCCACAGAUUCUGGAGCUCCAUCUUUAUCAACAAAUGUUUUGCUGUUGGAAGAUAAGACAUGA